AUGGGCGAAGUCGAUCACACCCUGCUUCUCGCUGAGUUCCUGUCAAAGCUGACGUACGAGGAUCUCACGCAACAAGUUAUCAUACAGGCCAAGAAGUCCAUGUUCAACUCUCUUGGCUGUGGCCUGGGGUAUGCUCAGCAUGGGCCAGCCGAGAAAGCGUUCUCGAUGAUCCAGGCUGGACGGGCUCGUGGAGAAGCCACCAUUCUUGGUCGAAAAGAACGUACGGGUGUUGAACACGCAAUUCUGAUAAAUGGCAUCGCCCUGACUACCGCCGACUACGAUGACACACACCUCAAGACCGUGAUUCAUCCUAGUGGUACACCCCUUGCGGCAUUGCUAUCCUGGGCUGAAGUCAACCACAUAAGUGGAAAAGAGUUUUUGUUGGCUUUUAUUUGUGGUGUCGAGGCUCAAUGUGCGGUGGGCAAUGCAAUAUCACCUGCGCACUACCGCGAUGGAUGGCACAUCACGGGCACUACAGGGAACUUCGGGGCAACGGCUGCUAUUGCUAAAGCGCAGAAAUUAUCUUCAUCUCAAUUUGCUGCCGCUUUUGGUCACUCCGCAUCAAUGGCGGGUGGCAUCAGGGCAAUGUUUGGUACUGAUACCAAGACCCUUCACAUGGGAAGAGGUGCUCAGAAUGGCCUUCUAUCUGCUCAAUUAGCGUCUCACGGCUUUGAGAGUUGCCCUAAAGCAAUCGAACGUUGGGGACGAAUGGUCUCGACAACGGUUUCUGAGGAAUCGUUAUCAGCCUUGGCCCACGGUGGCGCAUUCCAGAUCCUCGAGAACACAUUCAAGCCUUAUCCCUGUGGUAUCGUGAUCCAUCCUUUGAUUGACGCGGGCCUUCAGGCGCAUGUGAUUUUUCAACGAGGCAACAUGCCAAGGUCAUCUCCGAUGCAAGCAGAACAGACUGUUGAUUCGACGACCAUAGAAACGAUCGACGCCACGGUGAACCCACAGUGCGUACGCUUGUGCUCAGUUCGAAAUCCGGCGACCGGUUUGGAAACAAUUUUCUCGCUCUACCACGGUAUAGCCGUGGCACUGCUUUAUGGCCAAGCUGGACGGGUCCAGUUUUCAGAUAAAGGUUGUAAGGAUGAAUUGACCAAGCAGAUCCGGGACAAGAUACAGGUUCACACAGACGAGAAAGUGGCAGAUGAUGCUGCCAUAUUGAAGCUCACAUUCAUUGACAAGCAGCAACGUGUCAUUUCCAUCGAUCACGCAACAGGCUCGUUGGCAAACCCUAUGACUUCUGAGCAACUUGAGGCAAAAUUCAUGGAUCUAUCAAGCGACAUUUUGGGAGAGGCUCGGGCACACGAGGUGGUUGAAAAAUGCUGGAAUAUAGAGGAGAUUAUUAAUAUGCAAGAUUUUGUGCAAAGUUUAGUGCCAGCAUAG